UGCUGGAUGCUGUAUAACGAACAUCAGGAUUAUCUGCUCUUAGCAGGGAAACCACUGCUCUAGCUCAUGGGCUUUGAAGUCAGACCGGAAUUUAAAUCCAGUCUCUUACCAGGUAUGUCAUGUUGGGGUCAAGACCUUGGAGCAUGGCUAUGAGCAAUGGAAACAACGACUUUGUGGUUGUUAGCAAUGGCAGCAUUACAACCAGUGCUACCAGCCCUGGGCCUCUCACCCCCUGUGACGGAGACCUCACAUCCCAGCAGCUCACAUCCAAAGAAACACCAAGAGCAAAAGUGAGUCCAAAUGGAUGCCUGCAAGUUAAUGGCACCGUUAAGUCCUCCUUCCUGCCUUUAGACAACCAAAGAACACCUCAGAUGUUAUCCCAGUGCUGCCAUCCUUGCCCAUACCAUCACCCUUUGACUAGCCAUACCAGUCAUCAAGAGUGCCAUCCUGAGUCUGGUUCCGCAGCACCUUCUGCUUUGGCCUCAUGUUGCAUGCAGCCACACCCAGAGUAUUCCGCAUCUCUUUGUCCAAAUCAUUCACCUGUUUAUCAGACUCCGUGCUGUCUUCAGCCCUCUCCAUCCUUCUGCCUACAUCAUCCGUGGCCUGACCAUUUUCAGCAUCAGCCUGUGCAGCAGCACAUACCCAACAUCAGACCAUCCAGACCUUUCAAGUUACCAAAAAGUUAUGCAGCCCUAAUAGCCGACUGGCCCGUGGUGGUCCUGGGCAUGUGUACCGUGUUCAUCGUGGUCUGUGCCUUGGUGGGAGUAUUAGUGCCAGAGCUUCCUGACUUCUCCGAUCCGUUGCUGGGUUUUGAACCAAGAGGGACUGCAAUUGGCCAAAGACUGGUCACGUGGAACAACAUGGUAAAAAAUACAGGAUACAAAGCAACAUUAGCAAAUUACCCCUUUAAAUAUGCAGAUGAACAAGCUAAAAGCCAUCGAGAUGAUCAUUUUGAAAGAGAGAAAAGAGAAGUUGACUGGAACUUCCACAAAGACAGCUUUUUCUGCGAUGUUCCAAGUGACCGCUAUUCAAGAGUAGUAUUUACUUCAGCUGGAGGAGAGACAUUAUGGAAUUUACCUGCAAUUAAAUCAAUGUGCAAUGUAGAUAAUGCGAGGAUCAGAUCUCAUCCGCAGUUUGGGGAUCUCUGCCAGAGGACCACCGCCGCAUCCUGCUGCCCCAGCUGGACCCUGGGGAACUACAUCGCCAUUCUGAACAACAGAUCAUCUUGCCAGAAAAUUGUCGAGCGAGAUGUUUCUCAUACCCUGAAGCUGCUUCGAACCUGCGCCAAACACUACCAAAACGGCACUCUGGAGCCCGACUGCUGGGACAUGGCGGCCAGAAGGAAGGAUCAGCUCAAGUGCACCAACGUGCCCCGGAAAUGCACCAAGCACAAUGCCGUGUACCAGAUCCUCCAUUACUUGGUGGACAAGGACUUUCUGUCCCCAAAGACAGCUGACUCUGCCACGCCAGCUUUAAAGUACAGCAUGCUCUUCUCCCCCACUGAGAAAGGAGAGAGCAUGAUGAACAUCUACCUGGACAACUUUGAGAACUGGAACGCGUCCGACGGCAUCACCACCAUCACGGGCAUUGAAUUUGGCAUCAAACACAGUUUGUUUCAGGAUUAUCUUCUGAUGGAUACUGUGUAUCCCGCCAUCGCCAUCGUCAUCGUCCUCCUGGUCAUGUGCGUCUACACCAAGUCCAUGUUCAUCACGCUGAUGACCAUGUUUGCCAUCAUCAGCUCCUUGAUCGUCUCCUAUUUUCUCUACCGUGUAGUGUUCAACUUCGAAUUUUUCCCCUUUAUGAACCUCACGGCACUCAUUAUCUUGGUUGGAAUUGGAGCAGAUGAUGCUUUUGUCCUGUGUGACGUCUGGAACUACACCAAAUUUGACAAACCUCACGCGGAGACGUCGGAAACCGUGAGCAUCACCCUGCAGCAUGCCGCCCUCUCCAUGUUCGUCACCAGUUUCACCACAGCCGCAGCCUUUUACGCUAACUAUGUUAGUAACAUCACAGCCAUCAGAUGCUUUGGGGUCUACGCGGGCACAGCCAUCUUGGUGAAUUAUGUUCUGAUGGUCACGUGGCUCCCCGCAGUGGUGGUCCUGCACGAGCGCUAUCUGCUCAAUAUCUUCAGUUGCUUCAAGAAGCCCCAGCAGCAAAUCUAUGAUACCAAAAGCUGCUGGACCGUGGCUUGCCAGAAGUGCCACAAAGUACUUUUUGCCAUUUCGGAAGCGUCGCGAAUCUUUUUUGAGAAAGUCCUGCCCUGCAUUGUCAUUAAGUUCCGCUACCUUUGGCUGUUCUGGUUCCUUGCCUUAACCGUCGGUGGGGCCUACAUUGUGUGCAUAAACCCAAAGAUGAAACUACCCUCGUUGGAGUUAUCAGAGUUCCAGGUGUUCAGAGCGUCACAUCCUUUUGAACGUUAUGAUGCCGAGUACAAAAAACUGUUCAUGUUUGAGCGCGUUCACCAUGGAGAGGAACUCCACAUGCCCAUCACCGUCAUCUGGGGGGUGUCCCCCGAAGACAACGGCAACCCACUGAAUCCCAAGAGUAAAGGGAAGUUAACCCUAGACAGUCGUUUCAACAUCGCCAGCCCAGCUUCCCAGGUCUGGAUUUUGCACUUCUGUCAAAAACUAAGAAAUCAGAGCUUCUUUUACCAAACAGACGAGCAGGACUUCACCAGCUGCUUCAUUGAGACUUUCAAACAGUGGAUGGAGAACCAGGACUGCGACGAACCUGCCCUGUACCCGUGCUGCAGCCGCUGGAGCUUCCCCUACAAGCAGGAGAUCUUUGAACUGUGCAUCAAGCGAGCCAUCAUGGAGCUGGAGCGGAGCACGGGCUACCAUCUGGACAGCAAGACCCCAGGGCCCCGGUUCGAUAUCAAUGAUACUAUCCGGGCGGUUGUGCUCGAGUUCCAGAGCACCUACCUCUUCACCCUAGCUUAUGAAAAGAUGCACCAGUUUUACAAAGAGGUGGACUCGUGGAUUUCCAACGAGCUGACUUCCGCCCCAGAGGGCCUCAGCAAUGGCUGGUUUGUUAGCAACCUGGAAUUCUAUGACCUCCAGGACAGCCUCUCUGAUGGCACCCUCAUUGCCAUGGGGCUCUCGGUGGCCGUGGCUUUCAGCGUGAUGCUGCUCACCACGUGGAACAUCAUCAUCAGCCUUUACGCCAUCCUUUCCAUCGCUGGGACCAUCUUUGUGACCGUGGGUUCUCUGGUCCUCCUGGGCUGGGAGCUCAAUGUUCUGGAGUCCGUCACCAUUUCUGUGGCUGUUGGCUUGUCCGUCGACUUCGCUGUCCAUUAUGGGGUGGCUUACCGCCUGGCCCCCGAUGCCGACCGGGAAGGAAAAGUGAUCUUCUCUCUGAGUCGUAUGGGCUCAGCUAUCGCCAUGGCCGCACUGACCACCUUCGUGGCCGGGGCCAUGAUGAUGCCCUCCACGGUCCUGGCUUACACCCAGCUGGGCACCUUCAUGAUGCUCAUUAUGUGCAUCAGCUGGGCCUUUGCCACCUUCUUUUUCCAGUGUUUGUGCCGGUGCCUGGGGCCGCAGGGCACCUAUGGUCAGAUUCCUUUGCCUAAGAAACUCCAGUGCAGUGCCUUUUCCCAUGCCUUGUCAACAAGCCCUGGGGACAAGGGACAGAGCAAAACGCAUGCUGGGAAUGCUUAUCAUUUGGCGCCCAGGGGCCAGAAAUCAGACCUAGAGCAUGAGUUCUAUGAAUUGGAGCCCCUGGCCUCCCAUAGCUGUGCCGCCUCUGAGAAGAGCCCUUACGAAGAGCCCCACAUCUGCUCCGACUUUUUCAACAGCCACGCCAAGAAUGUCGGGCUGCCUGUGCACACCACAUACACCAGCGAACUCAACAAAAGCCCCAAGAGCGAGGCGAGCACUGCCCUUCUACCGCCCUCGCUCGAUCAGCGCUCCGUGUGUCACCUCUUCUCUCUGCAUCAGAGAUGUAGCUGCCCGCAUGCCUACAAACACUGGAAAUACGGCCCGCAUGCCUGCCAGCAGGUGGGCGACUGCUUGGGCCACCAAUGCGCUCCCACUAGUGCUUUCCUGCAUCUCCAGAACGGCGUGGCACCCCUGAAGGCUGUGCAUCAAGCCCCUGAGGGCUUUCUACACCCCAUCCCUCACCUCCACCACCCCUGCCCCUGCCUCCAGGGUAGCAUAAAGGCACCCACAGUGCAGAAUUCUCUGCCCAGGAAUCUCUUUCUUCAGCCCACACAGCCCCAAGAGAAGGUGACACUGAGUGGCAGCCACAGUCUCCAGAGCCUAGAACAUCUUCCACCUGUGGCAGAGGCAGCUUUGGGGUGCAAAAGCUCUGGCCCUUCGCGACCAGCGUGUUGUGAUCCUGACACUAACCGAAGGGGACCGUGUCAGAACAGAGACAUGGAGAAUGGAGAGGUCAGUCGCAGGGCCGAGAACAAGGACUCAGAAAGUCAGACAGAUGUGGAGCCCAGCUUGUCCCAGACAGACAUCAUCGUGAACUCGGAACAUUUAAAUCAAAAGGAACCAAAAUUUAUAUUUAACCAUUUCAUGGGGGAGGCCAGUUAUCGAUCCUGCCCAAACAAUCCACCAAGUUGUGGCAGAAUUGUGAGAGUGAAGUGCAAUUCUGUGGACUGUCAGAUGCCAAACAUUGAUGCCAAUGUGCCUGCUGUAUUAACACACUCAGAACUUUCUGGUGAAAGUUUGUUAAUAAAAACACUUUAAUAAAUAGAGUAUUCAAUUCAGAACCAGUGCCUCGGUCAUUGCUUUGAAAUUAGAGCAAGAUCCAGAAGUCUAGAAAGGGA